CUUUGCAGUUAUUCGACACUCCUACCCACUUUUCCACUCCAAAACGUUUUUAUAUGCCAAAAACACAACCACUGUUUGUACUAUUCAAUUCUCAUUCUGCGUCUUUCUUCUCUUCUGUUGAUUGGGUCAGGCUCUGACUGACUGAAGACGAAGAAGCCUUUUUUUAAUCUGCAAGUCUGUGUUGGGCAUCUCCAAUUUCCCUCAUAUAACUUCUCUGUCUUCUAUUUUCUUGUAAAUAUAUGGAUCAAUAUAUAUAGUUGUAUCUAUCUGUGUAUUCUCUUCUGGGAUUGUAGAACGAAGCAACAUUGGUAGGUCGAUAUACAAAAUGGACGCAAUAAAGAGACAAGCAAGCAAGUUGAGGGAACAAGUUGCCAAGCAACAGCAGGCGGUACUGAGACAACUGGGACAUCUGGGCAUCAAUGCAGUAAUGAUUGAUGAUGAUGAAGUUCAGUGUCACCAACAGCUUCAAAAUCUAUACAAUUCUACAAGGGCAGCUAAGCAUUUUCAGAGGGAUAUUGUCCGCAGUAUUGAGGGCUUUGUUUCAACUAGCAAAAAGGAAAUGGAGAUAGGAAGAAAGUUGGCUGAAGCUUGUUGCAAAUAUGGGACUGAGAAUCAAAAUGCCUCUUCCCCUCUUGCUAGAGCUGCUCUGCAUUUUGGUAAAUCACGGAGUUCAAUAGAAAAUGAGAGAGAAACUAUGCUUGGAAUUCUUCAUGAUCAGGUUUCUGAGCCACUACGGGCAUCGAUAAUGGGAGCUCCUCUAGAAGAUGCUCGCCACUUGACCCACUGUUAUGACAGACUCCGGCAAGAAGCGGAAGCUCAGGCGGCUGAAGUGAUAAGGCGCCAAUCUAAGAACAGAGAUCCUUCUAUAUCCACAGAGAGUUCCAUAAAGUUUAAGCAUGCAGAAGCAAAAUUAAAUGAUCUUAAAUCUUCUACAAUGGCACUUGGAAGAGAAGCUACUGCUGCGAUGUUAUCAGUGGAGUCUCAGCAGCAACAGAUUACUUUCCAAAAGCUUCUUACCAUGAUGUAUGCUGAGAGAUCUUGGCAUCAAAAUGUUGUGACUACGUUAGAGAAGCUACAUGCGGAGAUGAUUAUAGAGAAGCAACUAAACGAGUCUUCAUCGCCACCAGAUACUAUGCAGAGAGAUUUGCAUGUUCCAUCAGCACUUGAAGAUACUACUUCAAAUGGAUCUGAUGAUCAUGGAAAUGAGAAUGAAAAUAAUACCUAUUUUAUUGCAAAAGUUAUACACUCUUUUGACGCUCAAGCCGAUGGCGAGCUAAGUCUUUCAGUUGAUGAUUAUGUUGUAGUUCGUCAGGUGACUCCUAAUGGAUGGUCAGAAGGUGAAUGCAAUGGUGAAGCCGGAUGGUUUCCCUCCGCGUAUAUAGAAAGGCAAGAUAAAGCUCCAGUAAGCAAGAUAGUUGAAGGAAGUUCUCCACCAUGAAGACACCAUUUCGUUUUCAUGCUUUUGUGCUCCAUCUCCAUGGCUCUAUAGUUGCAAAUUUCAAAUUUCUAGGAAAGCAAUUGGUUUCGCUUUCUUUUAUUUUCAUAAGUUGUGUAAGUAGGACCCAAAUCCAAUCCACUUAUUAGAGACUAAACUCCGUGCAUUCGUUCAGAUGUAAAUGUGAUUAUGAGUAAUUUUUCCCAUAAAAUCUGUAUAACUAACAAGUACAUAGGUGGAGAUUGUCAACCUAUGUGUGUAAUCUGUAUACAUAUUUUUGGUGAGUUCCAUCCGAUGUAUAUUUGGUUUGUUUUCUUGGGA